GAAACACGAGUAACUGGAGCUUUCCGUUUCCGUAAGCCCGUCUUCUUCUCACACCCUCGCUCGAACGCCGCCGCGGCGCCGCCACGAGCCGUGCGCGCGAGACGACGGAAAUGGAGAAUCCAAACGGGAGGAAGAAGAAGAGGAAGAGAGGCGGCGACGAGGCAGCCAGUGGAGGCGCCGCCGCCGCCUCCUUCGACCGCGACGUCUUCCCCAUCCUCUUCGCGCGAACCACCCGUCAAAACCAACCCGCCGCCGCUGCCAGCCUCCUGCGCCGCCUUCUCUCCCAGUCGCCCCCGGUGCCGCCGCUCUCCCCUCUCCCAGGAUCCCUCGUCGCGCUCCUGCCCCUCCUCCUCUCCUCCAGCUCGCAUUCCGUGGCCGCGCUGAGCUGCGAGGUGGUCGGCGUGGCGGCGCUGCAGUCCAUGGAGGCCAGCGAGACGCUGGCGUCCGAUGGCGGGAUCGCCAGUGCCUUGGCGCGCGCGCUGGGGUGUGGCAGCCAGCGAGUGUCCGAGGCCGCCUGCAAUGCCGUGAUGGAUCUCUCGGCGUCUUCAGUUGCAAGAGAGCGUCUCUCCGGCUCGCCUGUUCUGCCGAGGCUAUUGAAUCUAUUUUAUCAGGUGAAAUCUACUUUUAAGGUUGUCCGUAGCAGGAUCACCAAGAGUCAAACAAGGAUUUCAGAACCAAAUAAAUAUUUGUGCUUGAUCAUUGACACAAUGGUACUCAUGGUGAAUUCAUGCAAAGUUGACAAGUUGCACAAUCUGCAAAAAGAGCUAGUUAGCAAAGCUGUUCCAUUAUUGUAUGAAAUCUGGAACCAAGUUCGACUCUUGAAAUCAUCAGCUGACUGCGACUGGAAGGAUCAACUUCAGAGUAGAAGUAAUGAGAUAUCUGGAGCUAUAUUUAGGCUUUCAAUGGAUCUUGCUUAUCCAGCCCACCCGGAGCCUGAUGAAGUCAGGAAAAGCAUUUUUGGACAAAGGGAAUCUGACUUCGAAGAUUUUGUCCUGACAUACUGGGAAAAGUCUCCUCAUUUGUGCAAGAAGAGAAGAAACAAUCUAAAGGAGGAUGCUGCGUUCGCUGCAUUGCACAAUUCUUUUGAUCUUACAACACCUGAUGCAAUCAUCGAGUCAUUCAUACAGGGGCUUGUUUCUUGCCCUGCUAUUGUUUCGGAUGAACUCAACAUAAAUUCAUUUCUCCUUGAUGUUCAUGAUUGCUUGGGUGCUGCUGCCAAGUAUAGGCAAGAUGUAAGAGUCGUGAGAACACAAGGCCAGACUUCAAGGGGAUCUGGGAAGGAGGAGCAUUUCUUCGAUGAUGGAACGGUAUUCCUGGAUGCAGCUGCAUUCAUUGAAGACUGUAAGGAUGCAUUUAAGAGUGGUUUCUCGAUUGCCUUGCGGGGCAUGGAGUUCCGGUCUGAAAAGGUUGCUGCUAUAGCUUCUGCUCUGGCUGAUCUGUUUGGUCAACCUUCUGUAGGAGCCAAUUUAUACUUCUCGCCUCCAAGAUCUCAAGGCCUGUCCCGGCAUUAUGAUGAUCACUGUGUACUUGUUUUGCAACUAGUUGGACACAAGAAGUGGAAGAUUUGGCCCAGUACAAAGUCAGUUUUGCCUAGACUAUAUGAACCUUUUGACUCGUUAGAUGGCCUGGUGGACGAUAGUGGUGGAAGGAUAGAAGUUUUACGUGAAGGCGACAUAAUGUAUGUUCCAAGAGGCUAUAUCCAUGAGGCUCACACUGCAGUUGCCGAGGAAGAAUAUGAAGUCAAUGCAUCCUCCAAUUACUCACUCCAUUUGACCCUUGCAAUUGAAGUUGAGUCACCCUUUGAGUGGGAAGGAUUUGCACACAUUGCUCUUCACUGUUGGUUGGACGAGCAGAGUCGAUCCGUCAACUCCAAGGUGGAAGGACAAGCUCUGUUAUUCGCUCUCCUGCUGCAUGUGGCCAUCAGGCUGCUCUCCGACAACGAUCCUAUUCUCAGGAAGGCGUGCAUGGUUGCGGCAAAGCUCCCAUCACCUAGCAACUCCUGCGCGACGACUCAACCAGACUCUCUCAGAAGCAUCCAGAGAUCAACCUUCGCCGAGAUACUCAACAACAUCGACAAGAAUUGCAGCUUCCAGGAUGCCCUGAGGUCCAUCGAAGUCGCGGUCAAUGACCGGAAUGACGAGGCCUUCCAGUGGAUGUCCUGGCUCCGACAUCUCCCGCAGCACGGAGACGGGAUCAAUUUCUGUGACGUGCUGGGAACCCUUGGAGAGGAUGUGAAGACAUUCAGCUCCGACCGCGAGCGAGCUUCGGCGGGGUUCACGGAGUUCAAGUCGAGGUUCUGUCGGAGCGUGGUGUUCGAGGAUGCGUGCCAGGGGUUUGAGACGCUGCUCCAGAAGUAUAGAACGUCUAGGAGCCAGUACAUGAGGGGCAUGCUGGCGUUGCACGGGAGACGUGGGUGUUAACUGCCGGAGCGGAAGCCGGAUUCCUAGCUCUUGCAAGAUACUAUAAUUUUCAGGGAUUAACUUGCUACUUACUCCAUUUGUUAUCAGUCAGUUUAACUUGCUUGAUGUACUACCACUCUGAUUGGAUAUCUGGCAUGUUACAAGUGAGAAUGAUAUUGUCAAGCUAUAAAAAACUGAAGGGUUUCUGCUCGAAACAA